AGACUCGAUACGAAGGAUAUUGUGACUAUGUGAUACAAUAAAAGAAUUUAAUUGAAUGAUAAAUAUUUGAAGAGAACAUUUUAUUUGUUAUGUUAUCAGUUGUGCGAUAACGACACAAGUAUACUGCUUAAAAAAAUUUGUGAAACCUUCAGUGAAUGAGACAUCGAUUAUUUGUAAUCAUCGCUCUCUAAAAAGCCACUGAAUAACAAUGGAGUAUUUUGAAAUCCUAUGCGGCAUCGCCGCAGUGCUCUUCCUCCUUUAUUACUAUUUCACUUAUAAUUACGACUUCUGGAAGAAGCAAGGAGUAGUUGGUCCAAAACCUAUACCAUUCUUCGGCAAUACGAUAGAAAUUAUGUUGGCAAUAAAAUCAGUAGCAGAAUACAGUGAAGAGCUUUAUCAGAAAUAUAAAAACGAAAGAAUGAUUGGAUUGUACGCUUUGAAUAUACCUGUUCUUCUUCUGAAAGAUCCAGAAUUAAUCAAAGAUGUCCUCAUCAGAGAUUUCUCGUCGUUUACGGAUCGUGGAUUCAAUGUUAAUGACAAGGCGGAACCAUUGUCCAAGAAUCUCCUCAACCUAGAGCCAAGAAGAUGGCGUCCCCUGCGAUCGAAGCUCUCGCCAAUAUUCACCUCCGGAAAACUGAAAGAGAUGUUCGGUCUCAUCCUCGAUUGCGCACAGCACUUCGAUCAGUAUUUAGAUAAAGUAGUCGCGAAAGGAGAACCCGUCGACAUUCGGGAACUAACCGCGAAAUUCACAACCGACGCGAUUGGUACUUGCGCCUUUGGCAUCGACAUGAACGCACUCUCAGAGGAGGACAGCGAAUUCCGUAAAAUGGGCAGAGACAUCUUCGUUCCAAAUUUCUUGAAUGUAUUCCGACAGAAAUCGAACAUAUUUUUCCCGAAACUGUAUGGUAUCGUGGGUCGGUUCCUACCGGACAAAUUUACUCCUUUCUUCACCAAAAUGGUCACCGAGUCCAUGGCUUAUAGAAAAAAGAACAAUAUCUAUCGACCUGAUUUUAUUAAUAUGCUUAUGGACCUGAAAAGUCAUCCUAUGCAAGUGGGUGAUAUCGAGCUAACAGAUGAACUGUUGACUGCUCAGGCGUUCGUAUUUUUUGCCGCCGGUUUUGAGACUUCUUCGACUACAAUGAGCAAUGCUCUUUACGAGUUGGCUCAGAAUCAUGACAUUCAGGACAAGCUACGCGAUGAAAUUCGGGAGCACGAUGAAGCCAAUAACGGGGAUUUAAAGUACGAACAUAUCAAACAGAUGGAAUACUUAGAUAAAGUAUUCAAAGAAACAUUAAGGAAGUAUCCACCUGGUUCACUAGUGCCAAGAAGGGCAACUGCGGACCACACCUUCGAGGGCACAAAUGUUACGAUACAUAAAAGUAUGAGGGUUUGGGUACCCAUAUAUGCGAUACAUCGAGAUCCCGACAUUUAUCCUAACCCUGAGGUCUUCGAUCCCGAAAGAUUUAACGAAGAUGCCGUCCAAGCUCGCCACCCUAUGAACUAUUUACCUUUCAGUGAUGGACCCAGAAAUUGCAUUGGUGCCCGUUUCGCAGUUUAUCAAACCAAGGUUGGAUUAAUCACGAUCCUCCGGAAAUACAAAGUCGACGUCUGUGAAAAGACCGUCAUUCCUUAUACGUUGUCUGCAGGUGCAUUUGUACUCGCACCGAAAGAGGCAAUCUACCUAAAACUAACAAAACUAACAAAGUAACGUUAAAUGUAAUGCUUCGUGACAUUAAAUUGACUAACAAAUAUAUUUAUAUCAUUAAUGACUUAAUACUCCUUCAUUAUCACUUUUUAUACCUCAUAUACAUUUUCGUAACCUAAGUUUACAUUAUUAUAAUUAAUGCAGUAGAUAAUGUUUUUUAGUGUAAAUACAGUUAGGUAUAUUGUGAUAUUUAUUAUGCUGUGAAUAUUAUUUUUUACUUACGAUUUUCAAGUUGCGUGUGUGGGAAACAUUUUAUUGUUGUGCGUGGUACAAAAUAAAAAUCUCUUUACACAA